ACUGUCGGCCGCAGGGGGCGCCGGGACGGACGGACCAACUUCCGGUGGUCGCCUCUAUCCGACACUGUCGAUAAAUGUGGUCGCUCGUGGUAUCCCGGCAGUAGCUCACAGUCGCUCCUGAAUCAGUGCAGUGUUACUGCGAGCGUAUAACGUGCCAGAAUCGGAGUGUAUCAGUGUCACUGUGCUGCUGUAGAACGCUCCAAAGCCGCGGCGUCUCAGUGUCUCAGUGUUACUGCAGUCGUAGAACAUCCCGAAGUCACGGUUUGGUAACACUCCGAGCCAUUCACGUGUUGUGCUCUAGACUCUAGAAGAGUGAAGGGACCCCGGCCGGCGCGCGGUCGUCCCAGAUCUUCUGCAGCGCGGCAACCAUGCUCGAGCUGCCGCUGCGGGCAGCGCUGCUGGCUCUGCUGUGGGCUGGGGCUCACAGCUUAAGAUGUAACACACCUAAUGGCUGCUGUCGUUUCCGACGGGGUUCUCAAAACGGCAUCGAGUGCGACCUUAGCAUGCACAAGAAGGUUAUGGACGUACCCAAGGAUAAGACGUCUUCGAGCUAUCAAGUACUGCACUUCACAAAUGGCUCAUAUGGUGUGAAGGUGGAACACAACGCUUUGGACGGAAAGCAAGACGUUCUUUUGAAAGACCUGGACACUGCCAUCUUCCUGGGUAGAGAUCAAACACCAACCGUGCCGUCGCCGGUCGGCACCAGCGGCAACCUAACCAUCGACCGGGUGUUGAAGGUCGAACUGCACCCGCACGCGCUGGACGGCUGGAGAGGCACCGACUCGGUGGUGCAGAUCACCAACGUGGCCAGGUGCCGGGUGGACGGUAGCGCGCUGGCGGCCACCACCGUCGUGCGCCGACUUCUCCUGGAGAACAUCACCGAACUGGUGCUGGCUAAGGGCGCCAUCCAGGCCACAGUCGACGAACUCACCCUGCGCAACGUCACCGUCGCCGAGUGCGCACGCGGCGCGCUGGCCGGCCGCGUCGGCCGCCUGCGGCUGAUCUCGGCCGAGGUGCGCACGCUGCGCUCCGGGUGUCUGCAUGUGCUACCGGGCGCCAAGGAGCUCUCACUGAGGCACAGCCGGCUGGGCCGGGUCAGCGCAGACGCCAUCACCGGGGCCGUGGACGAGCUGACCUUUCUCGACUGCAAGGUAUUGGCCAUCGACACCGGUGGCGUGCAGCUGAACGUGUCGCGGCUCUCGCUCAGGCAGACUGACAUCGGCGACCUGUGGCCGGACUCGCUCUGGGUGAACGCCAGUAGAGGCCUCUCGGUGCGCGACCUGCGGGUCUCGUCCCGUCUGCACCCCGGUGGGCUGCGAGGUCUCCGUGCGGCGGGCGACCGUGGCACCGGCCGGCGGCCGGCGCUCAACAUCACCGUGCUGCGGGUGGAGCGAGCCGACCCGGGAUCGCUCGAGUUCGAUGACAACACGACCGUCAACGUCAAGGAGCUGACAUUCGACAUACACAAGGAGUGCGAGAGGGGAGACCACCACCCGCACUCUGUGUACGUCCAGUCGGCGUGGCAGAGCGCCGGUUCGUCCGGUGGGUGUCAGUCCAGCAUCGGCGACUUCUUCAGACCAAUGUUCCAAUGCGAUUUCCAGAGAGUGCUGAACGAAACUGAAGGAGGACCCUGGAACACGGACGAGCAGAGGAACUCUUGUAACAGGGAAGCCUGCACCCUGCCGCCGUAAUCAAAAUCUAGGACAGCCGGCAAAACUGGCGCAGUCCGGUGCGGCGCGGAGAUCGCGGGAGCUUUCUCGUUAUCAUGACGUUGAACCUCUGGAGUGGGCAGCGCGCCACCGGUGCUUUCUCCACUAGCAAGGCUGUGCUGCAUCGCCGUUACUGCAACUGAGCAUGAAACUUCAGGCCCAGGUGUUAACUGUUAACUGUUAAGCCAGCAUUGUCACAACUGUAGCGGCAGACACGUGUUCUGCAUUAUUUAGCUUCCAGUUCAGAGCAAGAUCGGCCGCAGCUGCACACGGUCGACCCCCGGCGAGCCAACAAUCAUCGUCGAGCCCACUCCUGCUCGUCCUAACACCACAGCUCGGUGACAGUCGGCCUGUGCACCAGCGUCAGAUUUCAUUGCGCCCGGAUGCGCGUCAAGGGAUGGAGAAGUUAACCAUCACUUCAACGAACACCGGCAAGUAGCCAUACUACCUUAACUCCCUUAGAACUGAAAUCAGUUCCGCUUCACAACAGAGCGAUGUGCGAACUUCUGCCACAUUUUCACUUUAUCCUUAUGAGUAUGGAUGGCUCUGCGUUGGCGAUGAUGGGCUGACAUUGCGCAGCAGAGCAUCGAUAUCUGGCGACAGGUAUUUUGAAAUAUACCUAAGGUUGACAAUAAUGACUCUCUGAUUCACACAUUCUAUGCCUCUCCCACUUCCCUCCCUCCCACGCUUUCGACAAUAAAUGCCUUGGAUAUGA